UGGAAGAGUCGAGGGUUGGAUUGAGAUCCGCGAGUUUAUUCCGUGGCCGGAUUACUUGUGGUAGAACAUUCGCCGCAGAAUAUUCCAAUGACAACAAUGAUUGAAGAUAUCGGCAGGUAAAUUACCAGCAAAUUAGAUUGCCGAGUUUUGUUGAGGCUUCUCGUAAGCGAAUCGAGAAACCUGCCAAGAGUCAGCACUUCUCAGAACUUCACCGACCUCGGACAAAGUGAGUGCUACACGAAAUUAUUCGACGGACAAGUUUCCAAACGGACCUUCCGUGACACGUGUACUACCCGAGUUUCCUGUUCGAACCACCCGCCCGCUGGAGGCGCAAGCGCUAUUCGACUGUUAUCUGGCAAAAGGGAGGCGCGGCUAUAACCAUGGAUCCCAGUGUACUCGCCAACAUGGAUAAGGACGCACUAAAGAAGCAGAUCGAGAACAUGAAGUACCAGGCCAGUAUGGAACGAUGGCCCCUGUCGAAGAGCAUUGCCGCAAUGAGGGAGUACGUCGAAGAGAACGAGAAGACUGACCCAUUGAUACACGCGCCCGAUAAGAAGAACAAUCCCUGGGCCGAGAAAGGCAAAUGCAUAAUCAUGUAAUCAGGACGUAGAACCGCAACAGAGUAGGGGAGGAGAAGAAAAAGAGCAGGCAUCGACCAACUACCAUCAGAGAAGCGGGAGAUAAACGAGAAGAGGAUCUUUUUAACUGCGGUCGAAGAAACUAUUAAAACCAAAUAAUAAAAAAAAAAAGAAAAGGACGUAUAACAAGGAAUGAUGAGGAGGAAGAAAAAGAAGAAGAGAAAUCGAGAGACAGUUACAACGGAAUUGUGCAAUGAUAUAAAAUGGUGGAUCAGGAAGGAGCCAAGUGUUGUUCGUAAACACCAAACAUGGAGGAGCGAGGCUAACACGGAGGAGAACCAAAGUAGCUGGAGCAAAUUAUUCAACAAUCUUAUUCUUCGUGGUUACCUGUUCGUAGUUACUUUCCCGUUUGGUAUGCAAAGUAACGAACGCUUGAAUUGAGGCUCGGUUUUAUCUUCGAAUCGCGUGAAAAAUAUACCUAACCCUACCGCGAGGGUUAAUUUAACCUCCAAAUUCGAACAUGACAUUUUAAUUGCGGUUAAGCUUUUGUCUUAUCGAAUGUUUCGUUUAAGGAGUAAAUGACAAGAGGUUGACCAAACAGGCAAGUAUACAGAAACAGGAACAUGAUUUAGCCUCGUUUCCUGUUACUACUUCCGCCUCAUCGUUGUUUUGAUCUCGAUGUAUUCGAACGUGUUAUACGUCGUAUACACCAUGUGCAAUUUCGAAUCUAGUACCAUGAAAACUCUUUUUGAACCGUUCAUUAUAUCGUAAGGAUUAUUUAUUCUUAAGUACACUGUGUAAUCUAACGUCAUUCUAUGUACACACGUUAUACCAUAUGUCGUCGGAUUAAUAUGCUAUGCAUAUUUCUUCGAAUUUCUUACGGAAAAUAUAAUAAUAUAUUCA